AUGAAUGAGCCAUGCGAAGAUGACCUCCCCGUAGUCUGGACUCUUGAAGAAGCGGAAGUCUUUGAAAAAUUGCAGAAGGACAUGGAAGAGGCUACUGAUAAUGACUACCUGACAUUUUUUCAAAAGAUCCAUACGAAAGGUAUAGCCAGUCGCUUUCGAGAUUGGAUCACAUCAGUCACGAUCAAACUUAAUCAUGACUAUGGUUCGUCCGUUGCUAUUCGCAACGUUAUCAUCUAUCAGUUGGUACAUCAUCAUCAUAAAAGAUUCAACAUCAUGAAGUCUCGGUCAGAACGGCCCGAUAUGGGCAAAGAUAUCAUGUAUGCUCUGUCCCAAAAGAUGGUGGAUCUGCAGGACCAAUUGGUCGCAAGUGAACAAGGCUUGGUCUUAAAUUCGAACUUGAUCGUAACAGCCGAAGCAGUAAUGACCUGCGCCAAACGCUUUGUCCAAAAGAUGGAGAACAUUCCAGAGGACUUCUUUGAGUCUCGAAUGUCCUACUCUAAUUCACAGUCCAUUCUAUGCAGCCUAUGCAAAUUGAGUCAAAGAGCUUUUUUCGAAACCCAGUUCGACCGUUUCGUGUCAAACAAUAUUGAACGGGAAGAAUCCGAAAGAAAAUCAUGGGAAAAUCGGCGGAGAAUGGAUCAGUUGGCAUAUCUACCUGGGCCAGACGCAAUCAAUCUUUUCAAGGCCAUAUGGCCACCCCUCAGGAGUCCACUCUCUGGGAGCUAUGAAAUGCACCACUUCAAUUCACCACGGGGUGCCACAGAUAACUUUCCCCAGUUUUCACGAUUGCCGCUCGAAGUCCGCUAUAUGAUAUGGAAAGCUGAACUACCGAAGAAUGGUCGGAUUAUCUUUACAGAGGAAUCUCGACCUGAAGGUCUUCCUUGGAAAUGGACCCAGGAAGCGCGAUAUCCUAGACCUCCUCUCCACUUGAUUUGCAAAGAAUCAUAUGAGGCUAUGAAACAAGUAUACACUUUUACAAUUGAAUUGAUGAGGAAUUACAGAGGCAAAUUGGACCGAGAUAAACUCCGUCGAUAUUUUGAUGUCGGGGGGGAUAACUGGAAAGAUAUUCCUAGGCUUGAUAUGGCAUGUAUAAAUCCAGACAGGGACAUCGUGUAUCGAGGUUCGUCUAAUGGUCACCAUGUUCGUGACAACAUGAUAUCUUCCAGCUACUGGACCAGAAAGUUAUUUGGACUUGCUCAAGUAAAGCACCUGGCGCUCAAUAUGGACUUUGUCUAUGAUGCGUUCCAUGAACCAAUUAUUGAAAACUGCAUCAAAACGACCCGCAUCAAAACGGAGCAAUUAGAUCGUCUAGAGGCCAGUUGUCCGAAUUUAGAAAGUCUGACGAUUACUUGUGACCAUCGAAAAUACGCAGAGAGACAUUUUGGACAUCUCUGCUAUCUGGGUCAGAGUUUUAAAUUAGUCGAUGUCGAUUUCAAGUUCUUCUUCGACGACAAAUUCGCGACUCCAGGCCACUACCAUUCAUUGAUUCCGUCCCUCGAAUAUUGUGACGAACUUUUCAAGUAUGCUCGGGCAAGGGGCUCCAACUAUUGGCAGCGGCUGAAAUUGAGGACGGCCGUCUUAGUGAAGCCUAUUCGUGGUUGGCAUGAUGCCAGUGAUGUGUAUAUUCGCUACGAGAGUUUAGCUUUGCCGCUUGAAGAUCCUUCAACGUGA